GGGGGGGGGUGUUUAUUGAAUUUGAGAUUGUGAUUUAGGAUCUCCAAUUACUUAGUCGUUUGAACUUUGAGAAAUACCUAAUAAACUUUUAAUUUUGUGUUUAUACAAAAUGUUUAACAUUCUUCAAUCUUAUAUACGGAUGGUUUUAAUGGGUCUACUCAACAUAUUUCUUAAAACAUGAGAUUUAUGAGAAUGUGUUAGAAUGCUAAGUUUCUGAAAAUAUUAGAGCAAAGAGAUAAUUUAAAGCAAAGCUAGAUUUGAGACUUGCUUAAUGCAAGAGUUUCUUUUUUCAUAAGCAUGCUAACUUAAGAAAGUUAAAGUUUUAGCAUGAGAUUUUUGAAUAUGCUUAAGUCUAUACCGAGAUGUCUUGAUCUGAUAGAAAUUCUAUGGGGAAGAUUAUCUUGUGUACAGUGGUCGUGUAAUUAUUAUGAAAUGGAAUUACUACUUAUCUGGGGAGAGGGAGGUUUAAGUUAAAUUGAAAAUGUUUGUUUUCUAUGUCCAUAGCCAUUAUGUCAUAUCGACCAUCAAAUUUUAUGGAGACGGACGAUAUGUUCCUCCAGUUUGAGGACGAUUUAGAUAAUAACAUCGCGGGAGGGUCAUCAUCUGUGGGCGACAAUACGGCGAUUCUUUGUGCUUGAUUUCAAUGAUCAAGCAAUGAACAGGUUUGUUGAGCAUCAGAUGCUCACGACCUUUAAAGAGUUCCGGGCCGACUGUCAUAAACAUUUCAAAAAGUACAGCGACCCGGAGGAGGCUCGUGCCAACCCACCAAACGCAUUGGUUGGACGUGAUGAGGAUUGACACUUCCUCUGCGACCAUUAUAUCAGCCGUGCAUUCCAGGAGCAAUCACGGACAAACAAGGCUGCUAGACAGAAGCAGCCUUACAAUCAUAGUAGCGGGUCCAAGUCGUUUCUACAACGACAGCAUGAGCUCGCUGAAAGAAGAGGGCAGCCGGUCGAUCGUGUGGAAUUGUUCCGGGAAACACACGUUCGAGCUGGGACAUUCGUGUCGCAAGCCGCCGAGGAUGCGCAUAAUCAAAUGCUGGAACUCCAAUCCCAGCCUAUCCCAGAGGGUAGUCAGCCACUCUCUGAGGAUGAGAUAUGCGAUCAGGUGUUGGGUAGACGACCAGGCUACUCAAAAGGCCUUGGUUGGGGACCCAAGCCGAAGGCCCGCAGAACGGCAAGUGCAAGCAGUUCGUCGACAUCUUGUUCACAGUCCACACAAAAAGAGAUUGAAUUACAAGCUAAACUUCAUGAAGCUUUGGAACGGAUUGAAGUACAAGAUAGAAAUCACCAAGCAUUAGCUUCACAAGUGGAAGCUAUGAAAAAGAUGAUUGAAGACCUAACUCGUGCACAACAGGGACCACCACAUGAUCCCUAGCUUCAUUAUGUUUAUGUUUUUUCUAUAUUGAGAACUAUAUUUUGUUGUAGUCAACUUAUUCGUAUUAUUAAUUUUAAUUCUAUUUUUUUAA